AAGCUGCGGGCGGUCACGUUUCCGACGGUUCAACGCAACAAAACCGAAGGUUCCGAAGGUCUGGGGCCGUCUUCCAUUUCCUCGCAAGUCGGAAGGGGCAGGGAAAGGUAGAGAGAGAAGGAGAGAUGAGGAAGUUCGAUCCGUGGCCGGUAUUCUUCAGGAGGGAGUUUAACCGCAACUGGCCUUUCCUCGUCGGCUUCGCCAUCACCGGCGCCUUCAUCGUCAAGCUCACUGCCGGCCUCACUGAGGAGGACGCCAAGAACUCUCGCUUCGUUCAGGAGCACAACAGGUGAACAUUUGCUGAUUUGGUGGCUGAUUUGAGCUUCUUUCCAUGAUGAGGCUGGCCAAUUUCCUUGAUGUUUUGCAUAAAAAUUAAACAUGGUCUAAGUGCUUUGUUUUGAAAACUUCUUAGUAUUUUUGAAUUGAGAAUAAAAGACUGAUGCCUGGUAUAUGGACCCGCUCCUUGAAGAUUUUUAUUGUUAGUCCAGAGUUUUAAAACUACUAUUUAGUUUAACAGUCAUCUGUGCGUGUGUUUGUCUUGUAACAAAGUGGCUUAGGUCUCCUUUAUCUAUGGAGAUUUACCUAUCAUAUUAUUGGCAUGCUAAUGCUCUUGGCUGA